GAUUUUUCCAGCCACUGGAUGGCGUGUUCAAUUUUAUUCAAAGAAAAAAAAUUCCAACGGCCAAUAGAAUAUGUUUAGGAUUAGAUUGUAACGGUCAGUAAAAUUAUUCACAAAAUCAUUAGAAUGUUAUUUCUUCGAUUCUUUCUGAAUCUAUUGAUCGUCAAACAAAGUACAGAUUUGAUACAGUUUCAAUUUGAACAAUUUAUUGAUCAAUUUGAAAAGCCAUACAAAAAUGAUCCAAAUGAAUAUAUCCGUAGAAUAAAAAUUUUUGAGAAAUCAUUGAAAAAGAUUCGUUUUUUGAACCAAUUUCGUGCACAUGAAAACAGUGCCUAUUAUGGCCUUACCAAAUAUUCAGACUUAAGUCCACAUGAAUUCAAACAAACUGUUUUAAAAAAUCAUGGUUCGAAAUUGAUAAAAAAGAAAAAAUCAAGACGAAAUACUAUUGAAUCUUUUGUCAUUCCUUAUGAUAUACCUCAACGAUUUGAUUGGCGAGAUCAAAAUGCUGUCAGCAGUAUUCGUGAUCAAGGAGAAUGUGGAGCAUGUUGGGCGUAUAGCAUCGCCACUACUGUCGAAUCAAUGGUGGCCAUUAAAACGAACAGAACUUUGUGUGAAUUCAGUACUCAACAAUUGGUUGAUUGCUCAACGAACCGUGGAUGUGACGGCGGUGAUAUAUGCUCGACAAUAGAAUGGAUGUCCAAGAUGAAUGUCUCGUUGGAAACUAUUAAAGAUUAUCCAUCGGAAUCAAUUGCUGGUGAUUGUCGAAGUGAUUCAAGGAGAAAUGGUGUACAAAUACGUACUGAUCAUCUUUGUGAAAAUUUAGUUGGCAACGAGCUUCAGGUAAUUAGAAUGAUUGCCAAUCAUGGCCCAGUGAUAGCAACUGUUGAUGCUUCUACAUGGCAAAAUUAUCUUGGUGGUAUCAUUCAAUAUCAUUGUUUCAAUAAUCGUAAUCAUGCCGUUCAGAUUACUGGCUAUGAUCUAACAGGAGAUAUUCCAUAUUAUCGUGUACGAAAUACUUGGAAUUUAGAUUUCGGUGUGAAUGGCUAUGUACAUAUUGCUAUUGGUGAUAAUCUAUGUGGAAUUGCCGAAGAGAUUUCUUCACUUGAUCUUGUCGAUAUUCCUAAGUCAUUUUUAUAAGUCAAUCUUCAUUGGUAAUCAUCUCUCGAAAAACACUUAUUGAAAUCAUUAUCAAAAAUAUCCACAAAGGAAUCAUAACGAUGAAUGAUGAUAAU